AACUGGUUCCGUCUGCACUUAUGGUGUACGACUACUUGAUUAGUAUCGACCGAGAGGUACAUUUUCCGUGUAGUAUAAUUUUGCCUACCACCCCUGAUUAACGAUCAACGCUUCCAAGGUUCAAUAUAUAUGGAAACGACCCAAAACGACCACAACGAUUCUGUAUCUCAUUGUGCGAUACUUCGGCACUAUAUAUGUAUUUUCUUGGCUAUCCAAGGCUGGCCCUCUUGCUGCGUAUUGUGGCUGGUACAGAUCAUUCUACAACUGCGUCUCUACGUGUUGUACGAUCGCUCGCGAAGGGUCUCAUUACUCGUGGGCUCCGCAUUUGUAGCAGAGAUCCUGGCUGUGUCCGCGAUUCUCGUCACCGCAAAUCUCACAUCAGGAACCACCAUCGAACUCAUACCUGGAUUGAAGUUCUGUACCAAUACAGGCGUAUCAAACGGUUUUUACGUCUUCUGGCUACCGAUACUGAGUUUCGAGUGCAUAUUGUGUGCACUUGCUGCUUGGGCAGGUGUUCGGCGAUCAAGGAACAGUGCGAAUCCCACCUCGGUAACUAACAAAAUUCGUCUCCUGGAUGUCUUGAUCAAGGGCAAUGUGGUAUAUUUCAUAACCAUCUUCCUGGUGAGCGUCGUGAACGCGGUAAUGUGAGGGAAGAGUGGAUCGAAGUACCGGAAGGUUU